GACAAGGCCGUCCCGCAAUCAUGGCCUCACCACCGCACAGCGCGCGCUCGCCGCCCGGGUCCUCGUCAGCACCAGCUUCUCAGAAGAGACCAGGCGGCCUUUCCCUCGCGCUCCCGAAGUCGCGCAAACCGUCGCUAGCACCCUCGACAGGCUCCGCUCACCCUCUACGUCAGACCUCCUUCCCGCCUACAGCAGAAGACGAAAAGCAUCUCCGCUUCUCCCCCGGCGAGGAUGAUCUCGACGAUGGCGAUCUCGACUCGGAAAUCAACAGCGCGAUUAGUGGUCCCGCUGAUGGAAGUCUGAAGCGCAAACGUGGGGAGAAGCGGACGCGUGGAAGACCGGGCAUGAAAGGUCUUAACUCACGCAAAGGAAGCGUUUCGUUAAUUGGUGGGGAAGAUGGGCGAAAGAAGGGCGCGAGAAGUACGGCUGGUGCGCCUUCGGUCGUCACUGGUGGAGGUUCACAACCGGACGCAGAAGACUCAGACGAUGAUCAUGAAGAUAACGAUGGUCUGGGAGCGCGAGGCGAAGCUUUCACGAUGGAUCCUGCGGAACUGGAUCGCGAUAAUCAGCGGAGGUAUUUGUUCCGAGAGGCGGUGCCGACGGAACAUCAAGAGAGGUAUGAUACGUAUAAUAAGGUGAAGCUGCGGACGGCGGAUGUGAGGAGGUUGGUCAACGCGACGCUGAGUCAGAGUGUGCCGCAGAAUGUGGUGACGGUGGUGGGCGCUUAUACGAAGAUGUUUGCGGGCAUGUUGAUUGAGAGCGCGAGGGAGGUGCAGGCUGAGUGGAUGGCGGUGCAGCCUUUGAGGCCAGAUGGAGAACCGCAGCAGGCGUAUAAGAGGCUGAAGUUGAUGACUGGGAGGGAGGAAUUGGAGGAAUCUGAUAAGGCGGCGCAUGACGAAGAGAGGCAGGCUUCGAGUGCGCCGGAGAAGGCAAAGGCUGAAGACGAUGAGAUGGAUGUUGAGGCGAGCAGGGGACUUAAGAAGGAACCGACCUCGCCCACUAGCAAGGUGGCCGACAUACCAGAGGCUACUCCGUCCGCUUCUCAGCCCAACGGUCUGCCGAACGGGACGCAAACGACCGAAGCUAUGAGCACACCAGAGAAGCACAAGAAGAAGGACGACGCGGAUGAAGACGAGCUUCCAGAUGACUUCGCCAACGUUCAGCCGGGCGCUUGGGGACUAUCGCGGGCUGUUGAAGAAUGUGAUCGCGGACCUCUCCAGCCAGACCAUUUCCGAGAAGCGCUUCGGAGAUAUAAGAAAGCUAGAAAUGGUGGGACAGUGGGCUUCACGGGCAUAAGUUUGUACGGGAUGGAGAACCGGGAUGUUGCGGCUAGUCGGAUGGGAGGGAGAAAGCUAUUCAGAUAGAUGCUCACAGUCAGAGUGAGGGAGCUGUGGCACUUGGGACGAACAGAACCAGUAGCUGGAUCAGCGGCAUGGAACAUUGUACAAGACA